CGCAGACCCUGUAAACACCACCAAGAAAAUAUAGCAACUUGAACUACACCGUAAUCUAAACGUGAAUCAGUUAAAAUUGUAAACCGGCAACAUGAGAGCCGUUCCUACGUGGAUAGAUAAAGUUCAUGAUCGUGACAAAGUUGAACAAUGUAUCUACGAUCUCGCCUUCAAACCAGAUGGUAGCCAGCUUAUUGUGGCAGCUGGGAAUCGAGUUUUGGUGUAUGACACAUCAGAUGGUACUCUCAUUCAGCCUUUGAAAGGACAUAAGGAUACAGUAUACUGUGUUGCUUAUGCCAAAGAUGGGAAGCGGUUUGCAUCAGGGUCUGCGGACAAAAGCAUAAUCAUCUGGACAUCUAAACUGGAGGGUAUUUUGAAAUACACACAUAACGACUCCAUCCAGUGUGUUGCCUACAAUCCCGUCACCCACCAGCUGGCCUCAUGCUCCUCUGGGGACUUUGGUCUUUGGUCCCCAGAGCAGAAAUCUGUAUCUAAGCACAAAGUCAGCAGCAAAAUAACAUGCUGUGGAUGGACCAAUGACGGUCAGUACCUGGCCCUGGGCAUGAUGAAUGGGGUGGUGAGCAUCCGAAAUAAGAACGGAGAGGAGAAGGUGAAGAUAGAGAGACCGGGAGGAUCCUCUUCUCCCAUUUGGUCUAUGGCAUGGAACCCCUCCAAGGACUGGUGGAAGUGGAUGCCAUUCUGUGAGGGAGAAGAUGACCAGGCGGUGGAUGUGGACAGCAACUUGUCUGAGUUCCUGUGUCUGUUCACCGGCGCCACCUACAGCCAGGGCAGCGACAGCAGGGUAGAGAGCUUGGAGCCGGGCAGGCAGCUGGAAGUAGAGAGACAGACAGGGAGAAGAGGGACAUACAGGUUUGGAGGAGAAGGGGAGUACAUGCUUCAAGGAGUGCUCUUGGAUCCAGACCUGUGCAGCCAGCUCGGGGAGGAGCACAAUGACAUCCUGGCUGUGGCUGAUUGGGGUCAGAGGCUGUCCUUCUACCAGCUCAGUGGAAAACAGAUUGGAAAAGACAGAACUCUGACCUAUGAUCCCUGCUGCGUAAGCUACUUCUCCAAGGGAGAGUACAUCGUGAUGGGCGGCUCGGACAAGCAGGCCUCCCUCUACACCAAAGACGGGGUACGGCUCGGUACCAUCGGGGAACAGAGUUCUUGGGUGUGGACCUGCCGCGUCAAACCUGAGUCCAACUAUGUGGUGUUGGGCUGCCAGGACGGGACCAUAGCCUUCUUCCAGCUCAUCUUCAGCACGGUGCACGGCCUGUACAAGGACCGCUACGCCUACAGAGACAGCAUGACUGACGUCAUCGUCCAGCACCUCAUCACCGAGCAGAAAGUGAGGAUCAAGUGCAGAGAGCUGGUGAAGAAGAUCGCAAUCUACAGGAACCGCCUGGCCAUCCAGCUGCCUGAGAAGAUCCUCAUCUAUGAGCUGUUCUCCGAUGACUCGUCUGACAUGCACUACCGCAUCAAGGAGAAGAUCUGCAGGAAGUUUGAGUGCAACCUGCUGGUGGUCUGCUCGCAGCACAUUAUCCUGUGUCAGGAGAAGAGGCUGCAGUGUCUGUCCUUCACUAGCGUUAAGGAGAAGGAGUGGGUCAUGGAGUCUCUAAUUCGCUACAUCAAAGUGAUUGGGGGCCCGCCUGGUAGAGAGGGCCUUCUGGUGGGCCUUAAGAAUGGAGCUAUCCUGAAGAUCUUUGUGGACAAUCCUUUUGCCAUCACUCUGCUGAAGCAGUCUACAUCUGUGCGCUGCCUGGACAUGAGCACGUCCCGUAGUAAGCUGGCUGUGGUGGACGAGCAUAACACCUGCCUGGUUUACGACAUCAACACCAAGGAGCUGCUCUUCCAGGAGCCCAACGCUAACAGCGUAGCUUGGAACACGCAGUGCGAGGACAUGCUGUGUUUCUCAGGCAGCGGCUACCUCAACAUCAAGGCCAGCAACUUCCCGGUGCACCAGCAGAAGCUGCAAGGCUUCGUGGUCGGAUACAACGGCUCCAAGAUCUUCUGCCUGCACGUCUACUCCAUGUCCGCUGUGGAGGUACCUCAGUCCGCACCCAUGUACCAGUAUCUGGAGAGACGGAUGUUCAAGGAGGCCUAUCAGAUUGCCUGCCUGGGUGUGACUGACAGCGAUUGGAGGGAUCUGGCCACGGAAGCUCUGGAGGGACUCGACUUUGACACUGCUAAGAAGGCCUUCAUUCGAGUACGAGACCUGCGGUACCUGGAGCUCAUCAACAGCAUUGAGGAAAGGAAAAAGAGGGGUGAGAACGACAAUGAGCUGUUCCUAGCGGAUGUCUAUGCCUACCAGGGGAAAUUCCACGAGGCUGCCAAGCUCUACAAGAGAACUGGCUUUGACUCCAGAGCACUCAGCAUGUACACCGACCUGCGUAUGUUUGAAUAUGCCAAGGAGUUUGUGGGCGCGACCGACCCAAAGAACUCUCGCAUGCUGAUGUCCAAGCAGGCCGACUGGGCUAAGAACAGCAAGGAGCCGCGGGCCGCCGCCGAAAUGUACCUGUCGGCCGGAGAACACCUGAAAGCCAUCGACAUCAUAGGAGAACACGGCUGGGUGGACAUGCUGAUCGACAUAGCCCGAAAGCUGGAUAAGGCGGAGCGCGAGCCCCUGGCUAAGUGUGCGGCCUACUUCCAGAAGCUGAAACACCACGGCUUGGCCUCAGAGACUUACACCAAGAUGGGAGACCUUCACGCCCUGGUGCUGCUGCAUGUGGAGGCACGGCACUGGGAUGAGGCCUUCUCUCUAGUGGAGAAACAUGGCCAGUUUAAAGACGACGUCUACGUGCCCUAUGCACAGUGGCUGGCAGAGAACGACCGCUUUGAAGAGGCACAGAACGCGUUCCACAAGGCCGGCCGACAGACCGAGGCUGUGAAGGUGUUGGAGCAGCUUACCCACAAUGCUGUGGUUGAGUGCAGGUUUAAUGACGCAGCGUAUUAUUAUUGGAUGCUGUCUAUGCAGUGUCUGGACAUCGCUAGGGACAACCAAGAGAAGAAGGAGGAGAUGCUGAAGAAGUUUAAGCGUUUCCAACACCUGGCGGAGCUCUACCAUGUUUACCACUCUAUACAGCGCUACACAGAUGAACCCUUCAGCUCCCACAUGCCUGAGACGCUCUUUAACAUCUCCAGGUUCCUCUUACACAACCUCACCAAGGAUGUACCACUGGGCAUCUCCAGAGUGAACACCCUGUAUGCGCUGGCCAAGCAGAGCAGAACCCUGGGAGCGUUCAAGCUAGCCAGACAUGCUUAUGAAAAGCUCCAGGAUCUCCACGUUCCCUCUCGCUUUCAGGAGUCCAUGGACCUGGGCAGCCUGACUGUCCGCUCCAAACCGUACCAUGACAACGAGGACCUGAUCCCCAUGUGUUACCGCUGUUCCACCAACAACCCCCUGCUGAACAGCCAAGGGAGUGUGUGCGUUAACUGUAAACAGCCCUUCAUCUACUCCGCCUCCUCGUACGAGGUCCUGCCCCUUGUCCAGUUUUAUCUGGAUGCGGGCAUUAGCGACGAGGAGGCCGUGUCUCUCAUUGACCUGGAGGUUCCGCGAGUUGACCGGAAGGCCGCCCGCUGGCAGGAGAUGAGCAGUGGCGAGUCCCAGUCCCUGAAGCUGGAUGAUGGCCCAGAGGACCCAGAGGAGGACCCGUUCCUGGCCAAACUCAGCUUCGAGCAGGGGGGCUCGGACUUCGUCCCGGUGGUUGUGAAUCGCUCUGUGCUUCGGUCCAUGAGCAGAAGGGACGUGUUGAUCAAGCGCUGGCCCAAACCCCUGCAGUGGGAGUACUACCGCUCCCUACUGCCAGACGUCAGCAUCACCAUGUGCCCCUCCUGCUUCCAGAUGUUCCACAGCGAGGACUACGAGCUCCUGGUGCUUCAGCACAACUGCUGUCCCUACUGCCGACGGCCCAUCGAUGAACCCAACUGACCUCCUCCAACGUUCUCGGCAUUAGUUACUUCCUCUCCCAGUUCAUUCUUGUCUUUUAUCACUAUGUCUACCUGAACAGGGUCCAGUCACUAGAUACUGACGUUAUAUUGUGUGCUGACCUAGAAUCAGCUAACUGGCUUUCAUAAAAAUUCCAGUGUUAAAGAGAGCAAGGAAAAUUAGCCUGAAUAACUCCUGGUUUUCUGACCAAUUUUUCAUUUCAUUUGCGUGAAAUCUUAUUCCGUUUGAGUGACGAGUCGAUUACAGUCCACAACUAAAGUGCGCCUUCAGCCGAUCAUUCUGAUAGGAUUAACAGGAUCACAGGAUUUACGCCGGGCCUACAACACAGAUCUGACAUUCCAUGAAAUACAGUAACUACUCUCCUAUCUUUAACAACAUGUAUUUUAUGAAUUCACAGUGGAAACCAGAAUGCGUUCGUUAUUGUUGUUACCUGACGAAUACGUUGAAUUACUUCGUCGUAAUGGAAACGUUUUGUUUUCAGAGUUACAUGCAUUGUAUUUUUAUAUCAUUAAACUGUUUAUAUACGAA